UUGCCGCAUUUUAUCAUCGUGCUGAUUAGAUUGUAACAAGGACGUUGAGCAUCAAACUGUUGUACACACUUUUAAGACAGUAAGCAGAUAAACCAGUUUUACACGAAACAACGACAAUUUAUUUAAUAGCGUAAUUCCGUUUGACCAACAAGAAACCAGCCAACUGAUCACGUGGUUUUGUCACCUGAUUGUGUGGUUUUAAUUUUUCACGUGAGUGGGUGGAAACUGCGCAUUUGUAUUGAUAUCCGGUAUGGAGGUCGAGUUCAGCAUAUUUGCGUUUAAAGUAAAGGACACAUGAAUACAUACUCCAAUUCAUCCUGCUUCGCCUACAGUCUUAGUACGAGCCGGGCACCAGGCAAAGUUGUGCAAAAAAAGUUGUGCAACCUAUUGUCGCUUCGUUGGGUUAAACACGAAUAUUUAAAUCUAUCGAACUACUGCGCAUUGAAUCAUUUGGCAGUCGACAUCGGAAUACACAUGUCAGCUUGCUGUUCGUUUUUUAUGCAACUAUUUUCAAACUUUCAGCUUUAUGGCGAGUCUGGCAGAUGUUUUCACUGACAAAGAAAGGACGAACUGGCUGAAGGCAUGGCUGGCAGUAGAUAUUGCAAAGUCUGGCUUAGAACAGUUCGCAGAAAACGAGGCAAGAACUGUACACACUAAUAUAUACAAGACUGUUUUGUCAAGUGUUCCGGUGCCAGUUGCGUGCAAUAUCUGUAACACAGCAAACUUGCUGCCAUGCCCUACACAAAGAAUAUGCAAUAACAGAGGCGCAAAUACUCCAUGUACGCGUAUGCAUGAUACCCCGGCAAAACAACCACGACUGUGUCCUAGUUUUGUUUGUAAUAAAGUUCUUAACGAAAUUGUAAAACAACACAAAUAUGUGAAUCCUUCAUGGAAGAAUACCACGGCGACCCAAUGGGCAUCAACGCCUUGGCAAAUUGCCAAGGCGUUUUUACCUCCGGACGGAUAUUCUGGAAAGAGUUCAGUGCAAGAUACAGACUUUAACGGAAUAGUCAAUUUUAUGAUGAACUGCGAACACUUCGACACCAAGUUUUCGUUCCCCAUAGCUGCAGGAAAGAACAGUCCUCCAUGUCUUCUGACAAAGGCACGUGACAUUGGCAGGAUUGUCCGUCACUCGUCCCAGUGUAAACUCACAGACGCAGAUCUCCAGGACAUCUUCACAACACUGACUAACCUGCUGUCUGACCCAACGUGUCUAGCACAAGACGUCGCAUCACAGGAAGCUGUAAAGAAAUUAGCAAAGCUGCAAAACGACGGAUUGAAGAUAACUACCCAGGAAAUGAUUAAUUUACUACAUGCUGUUGAUGAGAAACUUAAGGUUACACUUAAAACUAUAGCUGAGAGGACUCUUGCCAGGACUCUUGCCGAGAUACGGAUACACACGGACAAAUGUAAACGAGAACUUGAUGAACACACUGAAAGACAUAAGUUACCAAAGGAUGUUCAACAGUUGGAUGAGAAAGCAACGACCCUCUUUUAUAAAGCUCUUAAACAUGGAAAAGAACAGGUCAAUAAUAUUCGCCUGAUGGUCGUAGGUAUGUUUGGUGUGGGAAAAACGUCUUUGGUGAACAAUUUGAUUUGGGAAUUUCAUAACAAAACACACACAAAACAACCUCUCAGCACAGAAGGUAUCGAUAUACAUAGGUGUAAGUUGAUGACAGAUGGUGAUUGGUGCUUAGAUACAGAAUUAAUACGGGUGAAGUUCGGAGGUCGCAUUGAAAAAGUCGUUUCUAAGAACACAGUCACAGCUACUGAGGAUCAUGAAACUUUUAAAGAAAGAAUAGCCUUGCAUAAAGGAGAUGAAAUUUUACAACAUGGAAUUAAGGUUGCCAAGAGGAAGCUUGAAACUACUUCGCUUGAUGAAUCAACAAAUGAGAUCACUACUUCGCUUGAUGAAUCAACAAAUGAGAUCACUGUGUCUGUAUGGGAUUUUGCAGGUCAGACUCUGUACUAUUCAACACAUCAGUUCUUUCUGAAUGAGAGGUCUAUAUAUGUAGUCGUGAUGGACAUGACAAGAAGUUUGAAAGAUAUUGUAAGUAAAUCAGAUGGAAUUGGAAUUUGGUGUGGUUUGGUGGAUAGUUGUACCUAUUUGGAUAUUUUUAAAUUUUGGCUUAAUGCAAUUCACAUGAAUAGUGAUAAUCAUUCUGGAGAAAGGACAAUAAAGCCAAAUGUUAUUUUAGUUGGCACGCGGAAAGACAAAAUGAAGGGGAGUGCUGAAGAAAAGGAGGAAAAUAUGAAUUUGUAUUUUGACAAUGCUUUAUGUAGCUUUGAUAAACACUCACCAAUCUUUAAUCACAUUUAUAAGAACAGAUUUCUUGUAAAUAAUUUGUCUCCAGAGGAUUCUGCUUUUGCAGAGUUACGAAAAGAAAUUAUAAGUUUGGCUGCAAAGCAAGAUUACUGGGACGAAGAAUAUCCAGUUCGAUGGAUUCACAUGGAACAAACAUUGGACAAAAUGAGAGAAAAAAAGCGACAGAUAGUAAAAAUGAAGGAUGUUGAAAAAGAAGAUCUUGAAAACUUACACCCACUGGGUAUAGAAGAGCUUACCUUGUUUCUUGAAUUGCAGCACAAACAAGGCCAUAUCAUUUUUUUCAACUCGGGCGCACUUAAAGAUUUUGUUGUUCUUGCUCCUCAAUGGAUCAUUGAAGCUUUCAAAUGUUUCAUACCGCAUAAUCAGAAAAUUGAAGCCACUGUUUUGAAAGAUUGGGAAGAAUAUAAAAAAUAUGCUAUUCUCAAACCAAAUGUUCUGGACGAAGUUAUGAAAAACAGUCCUCCCUACAUACAUGAAUACCAGACGGCUGUUAUGAAUUACAUGGAAUAUCUAAAUGUUAUAGCCAAACCUUUAACAAGUGAAGAGGGUAUAACUGGAAUCCCGUUAGAUUUCCACAUCGUUCCUUGUCUACUGAGUAGGGCACCACCGCCACUGCACAUCUUUACCUCACCACCUGAUAAACCCCAAACACCAGUUUUAGCUUUUGUGUUUUGCGGAAAGUUUUUGCCGCCCUCUUUUUUUCACAGGCUUGUUGCAGUGUGCAUUCGUGCUUGGCCUAUCUGCCAGGAACGUGGCCAAUAUUGUUUAUUUAACGGCUUGGCUAUAUUUACUCUUAAUGAUACCUAUACAUUGAGAAUAUGGUAUAUGGAUUACAUUAUUUAUGCAAGGAUAGUUUGUUGCUCAGAAAAUGAGCAGUUAGACAAUUUCAUCUGGCUAUUUCAAGAGGUUAGACGCAAACUUAAGAAAAGUUUGAAAGACUUUUUUCAUCAAUCAUCUUCUGUAUUUGAAGAGUGUAUUCAGUGCCCAGACAUGAAGGUGUCCUUGCACAAUGAAGGGUUGUUCAUAGUAAAAAAGUUCAAGUACACAAAUGCUAUAGCUUGUCGAGUAUGUAAUCCGCAUGCUGUGACACGAUCAAAUGCUAUGAAACAUUGGUUUAAAGAGAAGUUAGAUCGAAUAGAAACAGAUGAUGAUAAGUAUGGGAAAACGCUAGUGAUAUAGGUCAUUACAAUCCUAAAAGGUAAGAUUGCCCCUUCUUCUACAGACCAAAGUACAACCGGCACUAGAGGCUAUUAAAAACUGUAAAACAAUCUUGCCCACUAGUGACCAGACCUGUUUGGUGAAGGGCAAUUUGAACAGAUUGACAAGUAUUUUGUUUCAUGUGCUCAUAUUGCUUUAAUGUUCAACUUGGGUGUUAUGUUUACUCUAAUGGUUACAUGUUACCCUCCAGAUUUGCUAAUAAUUUUGUAUAUUAGUGUAAAUACAUUAUUUGUUAUAUUACAGUUAUUGUGAAUAUUUUUUUUGCAUUGAGUGAAAAUGUAUGCCAUGCUUCUGAACACGGUUAUAUAAAUAUCAAGACAGAUACAGAAUAUAGUAUUCAUUUAUGUUCUUAAAUCAAGAAUGGUCAUUAAAAAUUUGUCUGUAACAAGUUUAUUUGGAAAACCAUGCUAUAACAUGUUACAAUAGCAAUUUUCCCCUUUGCUUUGGAAAUAUCUUUGAGGAAAGGAGAUUUAAACUCCAAAUAAAUCCCUUUACAAUGUAUUGUUGUAUAUGUUUAUUUGUUGUAAAUAUUGAACACAAAUUUUAUCAUUCUUUAUUGAAAUGUUUGUUUUUGAAAUGAAUUUAUGUUGUUCACAAAAUUAUCCACACUUAAAGUGAAACCUAGAUUCAUAACAUUAAGCGACUAAAUAUUGGUUAAUUUUAAAAAGAUAAUUGAACAGAGACAAUGGAGUAAUUAUGCAAUACAGACAAUUAGUGCCCAUUGUAGUACUGAAUAAAAAAAAGAUGACAUGUUAUGUGUACAAAAUGUUUUGACUGGGUUGAUUAGUUAUAAUAUUAUUAAUGUAUUUGUUGUUUACAAUUUAAUGAAUUUAUUUGUCAAUACCAUGAUGUUUCAACUUUAAAAGUUUGUCAUUUAGUAAUACUUUGUGUAAACUAAUAUAAUUAUAAUUGUAGGUCACUAGAAUUGAUAAUUAUAAUUAUUGUUUAAUAUAUUAUAUAAUUUACUUAUUUUUAUGCCCCCAAAGGAGGGCAUAUAUUGUAAUCGCACUGUCCGUCUGUCUUUCCGUCACACUUAUGUUUAGGUUUUGAAAAAUGCUCAUAACUUCUAUGUUGCUUCAGACGUAACCUUCAUAUUUGGCAUGCAUGUGUAUCUCAUGGAGCUUCACAUUUUGAGUGGUAAAAGGUAAAAGUCAUCCUUCAAGUUCAAAUGUCAAAACACAAAAUCCAAGGAUUGUAACAAGCUUUAAAGGGAGAUAAUUUCUAUUUUAUAUCAUUUGGCAGGUACAGAUCAUGUUCACAAGGGAAGUAAUAUUUUUUAAAGUGAUAUAGUCAAAAAGUAUAAAAAUCAGGGUGUUGGUUUUCCAGCAUUAUAGUAUAUAAUUUUGAUUCAAGUAUUAAUAUUUAUGCCCCCCUUAGAAGAAGUGGGGGUAUAUUGUUUUGCACAUGUCUGUCGGUCGGUCCGUCCGUCGGUCCGUCCACCAGAUGGUUUCCUGAUAAUAACUCAAGAACACUUAGACCUAGGAUCAUGAAACUUCAUAGGUGCAUUGAUCAUGACUGGCAGAUGACCCCUAUUGAUUUUCAGGUCACUAGGUCAAAGGUCAAGGUUAAAGUGACUCGAAAUAGUAAAAUGGUUUCAGGAUGACAACUCAAGAAUGCUUAGGACUAGGAUCAUGAAACUUCAUAGGUACAUUGAUCAUGACUGGCAGAUGACCCUAUUGAUUUUCAGGUCACUAGGUCAAAGGUCAAGGUCACAGUGACUCGAAAUAGUAAAAUGGUUUCCGGAUGAUAAAUCAAGAAUGCUUAUACCUAGGAUCAUGAAACUUCAUAGGUACAUUGAUCAUGACUGGCAGAUGACCCCUAUUGAUUUUCAGGUCACUAGGUCAAAGGUCAAGGUCACAGUGACUCGAAACAGUAAAAUGGUUUCCGAAUGAUAACUCAAGAAUGCUUACGCCUAGGAUCAUGAAACUUCAUAUAAACAUUGAUCAUGACUGGCAGAUGACCCCUAUUGAUUUUCAGGUCACUAGGUCAAAGGUCAAGGUCACAGUGACUAGAAAUAGUAAAAUGGUUUUGGAUGAUAACUCAAGAAUGCCUAUGCCUAGGAUCAUGAAACUUCAUAGGUACAUUGAUCAUGACUGGCAGAUGACCCCUAUUGAUUUUCAGGUCACUAGGUCAAAGGUCAAGGUCACAGUGACUCGAAAUAGUAAAAUGGUUUCCGGAUGAUAACUCAAGAAUGCUUACGCCUAGGAUCAUGAAACUUCAUAGGUACAUUGAUCAUGACUGGCAGAUGACCCCUAUUGAUUUUCAGGUCACUAGGUCAAAGGUCAAGGUCACAGUGACUCGAAACAGUAAAAUGGUUUCCUGAUGAUAACUCAAGAAUAAUUAGGCCUAGGAUCAUUAAACUUCAUAGGUACAUUGAUCAUGACUGGCACAUGACCCCUAAUGAUUUUCAGGUCACUAGGUCAAAGGUCAAGGUCACAGUGACAAAAAACGUAUUCACACAAUGGCUGCCACUACAACUGACAGCCCAUAUGGGGGCAUGCAUGUUUUACAAACAGCCCUUGUUAAACUAUACUUACAUGUAUAAGCUUUGGCUACUCAAAACGACAUUUCUUUAUUGCCUGAAAUAAUUAUAGUUCGAUUUGGUGAAUUGUUCUGUUGUUAACAUCUGACUGUUUAAGGCAAACGAACGUUUGUUUCAAUAGUUGACAAGUUUAAUCUUAAAAUUCGGUAUAUGAAUAAAACAUAGUACGAAAUAUUUUCAUUUUACUAUUAAAAGCAGUAAGUAAAAUGGUACAGUUGCAGUGAACUUAAUGUAUAGCAUCAGUUUGUAAUCAAGUCAUGUAUUCUAUUAUGAGAUCGGUGAUUGUUUUUCAUAUAUGGCUUUUUAAGAUUGUGUUUGAUGUGUAUUUUUAUUAAGUAUAUGUGCAUAUUACAUCGCCUUGUAAGUUCGAUAUGACGUUUAAUGAGUUCGUCUAUUAAGAGUCAUUUUUGUUUACUCUUGUCAGCCGUGGCUUGAGAUGCUUACAUGCAAUGUGUAUGGCGUGAAAGGAUAAAAAGGUUAAGUAUUGAGUUUUCUUUAUGUUUGUGUACUUCAUUGCAUUACAUAACUAUGACAUGUAAUCUCCAAAAUAUUAAUAAAACAUGCGUUAAAAUGUAAAAAUUGUGUUCACUAUUAUAUGUUUUAUUGCCUGUUUGAAAAAUCAUUUAACAGACUAGUGUAUAUUAUACUUCAUUGUGUACAUGUAUUUAACCAGGUUUUCCGAAGGAAAAAACUGGUUAUUAGAUUGGCGAAUGCGGGCGGGCUGGCGGGCUGGCUGGCUGGCGGGCUGGCGGGCUGGCUGGCGGGCUGGCGGGCGGGCGGAACAAGCUUGUCCGGGCCAUAACCUUGUCUUUCAUUGUGAGAUUUUAAAAUCAUUUGUCACAUUUGUUAACCAUCAUUAGACGGUGUGUCGCGCGAAAAAAUUACGUCAAUAUCUCCAAGGUCAAGGUCACACUUUGAGGUCAAAGGUAACAAAUAGCCAUAAAUGAGCUUGUCUGGGCUAUAACUAUGUCAUUCAUUAUGAGAUUUUAAAAUCAUUUGGCACAUUUGUUCACCAUCAUGGGACGGUGUGUCGCACGAAAGAAUCACGUCAAUAUCUCCAAUGUCAAGGUCGCCACGACUAAAAAUAGAUUUUUUUAAAACAAACUUACAAAGGGGGUUAAUUUUGUUUGUUCAUUUCAAAAAUUCAGUUUGAGUUGUCUCCCUUUAUCAGAUUUUUUUUCACAAUGAAAACCUGGUUUUGUGACAAUUUUGUCCCUUGUUUGUUAUUUAUAAUGAGAUAAAAAAAAGUCCACGUUUAUCGAGGUACCUUUUUAUGUUGAAUUUAAAAAUACAAUGUUUGCGCUUAUGUUGGUGUUGUAUCAUGAAACGUUUUUGAAGUAACAUGUUUUAAUUUUUAAAAUUACUGAAUAUGCAUUUAUUCGUUCAUAACAUGUUGGCAUAUCCAUGUGCAAGCACGCAUGUAUUGCAUUAUGUUCGAAUUAUUCUUCGGUGAAUUGUUUUAAGCAUAAUGUUUAUGAUUGAUAUAUUUACAAAAACAAGUGCAGAAAUAAUUUGGAGUUUUGCAUGUAGGACUUAUGUUACAUUUACUAUCCUUUAUUGAAAGUGUCCAGCAAUAACUGAUGUACCAGAAAUUGUAUUGAAUUACGAAAGAGGUAAAAUAUGUUUUCUUGAGAAUGCAUGUACAUGUAUAUAACAAGUGUUGCUGUUUUAUUGAUGUUAAUAACAUAUACCAUUCGGAAUGUCUCUUCGAUUUGUAUUGCACCGAUGAUGAUAUAUUGUGUUAAUGAGUUAUGUCGAUGAACAUACUUCUGGAGAUGAGCGUUUCUAUAAUGUAAAGAGUUGACGGUAUGUUUCACUCAUCUAAAUGUAGAAUAUGUUUAAUAUAUAAUACACAUGUAAUUUGAAUAUACAUUGUAAUUGAAACACGAACAUGUGUAAAUUCUCAAGAAUGUGUCGAAAACAUUGUUGUAAAAAUUCCGAAAUAAUUGUGUCACUUGAUAAUGGCGAAUUAAUGUAUUGAUUAGUUUGUGAUAACCUCAGUGUUUUUGUUUUUAAAAUGCUUUUAUUAUUGAAUGCAAGUAUGCAGCGUGAAAAGAAUACACAUCAUAGUAAAAAUGCGUGUAAUAUUGACGGACUUUUUUCUCAUAAAAUUCACAAAUAUCGUUCAUUUCCAUUUGGGUAGCCUAAAAAAUGCCUUGCACCUGCAUUUUAAAGUUAUCAUGUACGGGAUGAAUAUUUCAAUUCCGUGCAUUUAUACAACAUAGCAGAAAUCUUAGAUGAAAUGCCCACCUAAUUUGUAAUUUACUUGUACGUAUUAUAUUUUCUGAAAUUAUAUUACGGUGUAUUUGUUCUUUACGUGGAAUAAAUAUGUUUCAUGUUUAAA